CCACCAUGACCGCGGACCCUUCGGCAGCUCCCCGACAGCCUCCCCACGGACCAUGUUCCAUGCCUUUUUUAGAUCUACAUUACCAGUUCUGCCACUGCUCCUUGUUCUGUCUCCAGUGAAUGCAUCUACUUGUGCAAUGGGAAAUAGAACUGAAAUCCGUGUGAAGUAUGAGAAUAUACUAAGUCACGACAUCAAUGAGCUGGUAAAUAUGUCUGCAGAGGAUCGUGACAGGUGCUGCAAGAAUAAAAAAUAUGGAAAUAUCAAAGUGUUUUUCUGCAAUGAUACUGAGGAAAUAGAAUCACUACAGAGCAUGGCGUGCAAUAUGCUCAGGUUCUAUAACAAGCGGAGAAUCAGCAAAGCCUUUAGAGAGAAAGCAGCAUUCGUCUCUUGUGGGACAUUACAAGUUCUACAGUGUAAAUGUAGAACUAAAAGAGAAAAGGUUUGCCUAGAGGUAUUUAGUAUAGAAGAUACAGAGACAGGUGAACAGUCCAAAAAGAAAUGUAACCAAGAAGUUUGUGAACUGAAAGAAAAUAUAUCUAGCCUUCGAUCCUGCUGGAAUAAAUUUGAAAAAGUAAUUUUCAGGUGAUUCCAGGUGAAUCCUUCUCUUUUCUUUUGAAGUGGCAUUACUUGGUAUAUUUGCAUUUUAUAUGCAUUCUUCAAGUAACCUUGCUCGCUUAUAUGAACACUUUAUGCCAGAAUUCUGAUGGAAGGCUACUGUACUUUGUUCCUGAAGAUGACAGAAAUAGCUGAACCAAGCUGCUGAAGUCCAAGAAGUGGAAAUAGAAGACCAGCAUUUGAAACAAAGAACUCUGCAGAACUCUGUGUCCAACCUUUGUGCUAUGGAAACUACUUUGAAUUUCUGAUUUUUCAAGUAACUUUAUAAUACUGUCAUAUGAAAGCAGCCACUUACAUGUCUGCUGGAAUUUAUAAAAACAUCUUGGAAUCUACAGGUAAAGAAAAGAGUAUGAAAAAGUAGCUGGUUUCUUUUUAUCUAUGCAAAAUGCAUCAAGGACCAAAAGUAACAAUUUACCAAAGCAGCAGCCUAUCUUGGAUAUGUUCUCCUGACACAGAAGUGUUUUCAGUGUGCAUCUGAUGGGUGUGCUAUCUGAUUUGGAAAAACAGAGAAAAAGUUGGCUUUUUGAAAAACUUUGGAAGGGUACUGAUUUUUGAGAGAUGCAGCAUGCUUCUGCUGGCUGAAGCACAGGCAAAACUGAAUCUUGUGGAAGAAGAAAAAGGAGAUGCCUGAAUAUAAGUUGUUUAGUUGACUGGAAACAGCACUACACUCAUGUAUUUGAUCAAUCCAGAGUUAGCUGCAGGAGGAGCUAGAACUCUUUAGCUUCAGAUUGUGAUUUCUCAUAUGCAAUUAUUUUAUAUAACAUGUUUUAAGAUGUUAGGCAAAAAUGACUUAAAAUGUGUGAAUAUUGUCAGAGAAUAAUAUAUUGGCAUUUAACUAAUAAAGUGCUCGUAUUUAAUUUUGAAUAAA